CAAUAAUUACAUUAAUAGUACAGCUCAAGAAGACAUGACUCACUGUGAUGAAGUUAGGUUUUUCUUUGAUGAUGCUCAACUUCACGCCUCUGAUAAGACAUAUGACUUGAGCAUUCUCGGUCACAACGAUAACAGUGGGUAUAACUUCUCAGAAAUUACUUGAAGCCCAUUCCCAGAAAUAUACGAAUGUGAUCAGAACUCUUCUGAUGUAAAGGUUGAUAACCUGCAAAAGUAUGACCAAGGCGAAGAUUUUGGCUUAGAUUUCCUAUUGAAUCCUUCUCCUGAGAAGUCUGAAGCAGUGAUCAAGGAUACCAAGACGGAUACAGCUGAAGGAGACCAACUACUCAAUAGUGUUAAGAUUGAGGAUGAUCAAGAAGCCUGGGACAAUAUUAUGAGAACCAAGACCAGGAGGUUCAACAGCUCUGCAAGAGAUAAGGUACUAAACGAGAAUGCAUCUGAGUCUUCAUUGAUGAACAAGAGAUGGGGACUCCAAGAAGACAAGAAUCUCUGAAAAGUGAUCAAAGAUUUAGAGAAUAGAGGAAUCUUGGAUCUACAAAAAGUCCUUAAUCUUGGUAUCAUCAAGGAUUCUAGCCUUCAUCCUGAGCUAGAGCUUCUUGCAGAGAUGCUUAAGUGGAGGAACCCAUUAAGAACUUUGGUCUCUCGUAUCAAGAAGUUAUACUCGAGAGGAUACAGCAAGAGAGAAAUAAAGAGACUUAAGAAGAAGCUCAAAAGUUUUCAAGGAGUUGAAGAUAUUGACUAUGAAGCACUUCUAUAUGACUUCCCAGGGAAGACGAUGAAGGACUUUGUUCCUCUCUGUGAGAGCCUCACUAGGUGCAUCUGGAAUAAGACCCUCAGCAAGUUUGAACUAGCUGACAGAGUAUAA